AUGUCCAAGAUCGAGGGCCACCAUCUGCAAUGGAAAAUGCACCAGGAAGAGAUAUCGAACCACAUCGAUGACAUGAACCAAGAAAUGGAGAUCAUUGAGGCCGCGUUGAUGGACGCACAGAGCAUUGCAGCCGAGAUGCUCCGCGACACACCACGCCCGGAUCAUCAGCUUCCAGAUCCGUCCCAGGCUGGCGGCUCGGCGACCCCGAGCUCAUCGCAAAAGCCCAAAGCCCAAAAGCCUGUCAAUCCAGCGCCGAAUCCGCCAAAGCCUGGCAAUACAGCACCCAACCCUCCAAGAUCCACCGGCCCAGCACCCGCCACCCCAAUGCCCAGCAAUCAAGUGCCAAGCGGCCAGAACCCCAGCAACCAAAAUUCCGACAGCCAAAACCCUGAGCAUCAGAAAUCGAGCAAGAAAUCAAGGAGUAAAUCAAAGAAGAAGAACAACCAGUCCGCAUCCCAAGGCGGGAACAAUCCCCAAGCCAACAGCCAGCAAACUGCAGCAACGCCUGCAGGACUAAAGACCCUGCCAACGCCGGCAUGGCAACUAGGCUCGCGCAACCAGUACGAUCGACUGUCUAUGAACAAUCCCCGAUCGAUCACCACAAGCACCAAUCACAAGCUGCGCACACUUGCUAUCAUGCCGAGUAACGACGAUAUCCUGGUUAGCUCAUGUAUGAGCGGCGCGUUGCAAAUCAACUCACUUUCGUAUUGCAUGGAAAUCCGAAACCUCAAGCCAGAGAUUGUGGGGCUGCCACGAGUCCAUGACAUGGCGUGGGCUUCGAAGGAUGUGUUGGUUAUGGUCUCAGACAAGCUCGCCGAGCGUACCCAUGCGAGAAAGAAGAUAUCGAUUCUGUUUGACUGCGAGUAUCGUCGCCCCCCAGAGCAGUCGACGCCAACAUUCUUGUGCAAGAACCAGAUCAUCUCCAGCUCGGACUCGCUCUUCGAUGGCGGUCCAUUCGAUAAGCUCAUGGAUCGUAUCAACACUAUCAACUCCAUCACCGGGAUCCCCGACGCUUCACGGGGCCAGAACUCAUUGUCUUUUGUGACAGCCAACGAUGACAAAACUCUGUAUUGGUGGAGAUUGGACCGCGACGAGCAGCAAUAUGUUGUGGGAGAUCUUAAAGACCUGAGGCCCAAGCACACCGCUGCGGUGAUAUCAACGGCGUGGAACAAGUACACGAACCUUGUCUACACUGCCGGCAAGGACGGCAAAAUCUUUGCCACGGACUUGAUGAUGAUGAGAUCCUUUAUGAUGAGGCGCAUGCGACCUGUUGCGGCGAUCAACAAGAUCCUCGUUAUCGAAAACAGCCCCUCGCUGAGUCUGAUCUGCACCAACUACCAGACCAAGCAGCUGUUCCUCUUUGACGACCGCCAAAAAAACCGCCAUGCACUGAACUUUGGAUUCACAAAGCCACCGCCAGCGAACAAGAGUCUCACACUCCUGGUUUAUCCAUCCCUGCACCCGAAUGGAUACCUCGUAUCCAUGGGCCGGCCGUAUACUGAGAACGACGGAUUAGUCAGCUUCUGGGACAUGCGGCACACCGGCUGCAGGGAAGCGCCGCUCAUGUCGGUGAACAGCGGAAACGACGUCCGCGGCUCGCUGUUCCAUCCCAGCCGGAAUAUGAUGAUCACAAUGCAUCUGCCACGCGAGAAAAAGAUAACUCUCCAUGAUCUCCGGUACCAUGCAUAG